UUAGAAAUCCUUGUUUUUGUUAAAUUGUAUGGAAGAAUUAGGAAUCCUCAACAGUGUCUACUAUAAAUAUUCUCAAUUCAGUCAUAAAUUCCACUCAAUUUAGGGUUUAUUCCUCCCUCUUACGAAUCACAAUGGCGUUAGAGGAAGACAGAUGCCCCUACCACGUCCUCGGCAUUCCGAUCGACAGUACGGCGGAGGAAAUCCGCUCAGCCUACAAGAAACUUGCCUUGCAGCUCCACCCGGACAAAUCGGUGAAUUCCGGGGUGGAGUCGGAGGAAGCCACUGCCCAAUUUCAAAAACUGAUACGAGCUUACGAGAUCCUCUCCAACGACAACUCCCGCGCGGUCUACAACUCGGGAGGCGGUUACGGAGAUCCUUUCACUGGACAGACCGUCGAAUACGGCGCCAAUGAGCCCGGAUUCGAAGUCCCCGACUUCUUUUCCUUUCCAUUAGACUCCGUCUUUACCGGUUACGGCCACACCGGGAGGGGCUUCUACAGGGUUUACGCAGGUGUGUUUAACAAAAUUUACCAGACAGAGCUGGAUUUUGUGGAGAAGUUCGGGCCUGAUUGUGACCCGGCGUUGGAGGUGCUGGAGCCUCCGGAUAUAGGGAAUCUCGGUACUCGGUAUGAGCAAGUUAUGGAGUUCUACGACUACUGGUUCCGAUUCUGUACGGUCAUUGAAUUUGGGCGAACCAAAAAGAAGGAGAAACAGAGGUACAAUGAGAGUGUGAGGAGAUUGGCGCGAAUGGUGAAGUACAAGGACAAAAGAGUAAUUGACGAGAUUGAGAGAAAAGUGAGCGAGAGGGAGAGGAGGAAAGAGGAGACAAGGCAAUUGAGGGAGAAAUUGGAGAUGGAGAAGAAGGAGAAGGAGAGGAAGAAAAAGGAGGAGGAGAUAAAGCAAUUGGUGGAGAAGAUGGAGAUAAGUGAAAAAGAGAGCGAGAUGGGUACAAAGAAGAAGCAGGAGUUGAGGAAAUUUAGGGAGAGAAUGGUAGAGAAAAAGAUGGAGAGACUAAAGAAAAUGGAGGAGGCAAAAAAGAGUAGUAGAAUUGAAGAGAAUGAAGAAGAGAUGGGUGGUGAUGAUGAUGAGGGGAGUGGUAAGUUGUUGUGUAUAGUGUGUGAGAGGAGUUUCAAGAGUAAGAAGCAAUGGAACUAUCAUAAGAAGUCCAAGGAGCAUAGGAUUAGGGUUACAGGAACAUUGGGAAUAUUGUCUUUUGGGGAAGAUGAUGAUGCUGAAUUAGAAGAUGGUGUGGGAGAACUAGGCCAACAAUUUGUUAAGAAAAUGACAAGUGACAAAUGGAGGAGCAUGUCAUUGAAAUUGGAUACUCUACUCUGAUCUGUCCUGGUUCUUGGGACUACAUUCAGGACAUAUGCCUCACCAUGAAUAAUGUAACUUGUAGUCGUGAGUAGAUCUUCCGAGCCUCACACCGGCCGACACUUUGUUUGGUAUGGUUGGUUCCAUUUUCAGAAGAAAUUAAUGAUGGAAAUUUUCAAAAAAUUUGUGAGUAUGGGAAGACGUACAGUUGAAUACUGUUGAUACAAAGAUAAAGAGUAAGAUGGAGUGUGUUCAGGGCUGGUUUGUGCAUUUAAAGAUUUUUCUUUUAUUGGUGAUUGAUAGUCAACUAUCUUUACAUGUUAAAGUCUAGGGGUUGGUUCGGAACCUUGGGUAGAGAAAUGCUUGAUCCUAAUAAUCCCUAUUGUCGAGGUGUAUAGAUAAUAUUU